CUGUUUACAAUUACAUAAUCUGUAAUUCUAGAAUGCUAAUUACGUAAUUAUGACUGUCUAACAAGUGCAGUUUUGCGCAGAUAGCCUGAAAGCAACUCGUGCUUAACAAACUUUAAGAAUGACUCGAAUAAUAUGAUGUUUGUAGUACAAAUUCAGAAAGCCACAUGCAUGUGUGUAUAUAAAUUCUUUCAUGCUGGAAUUUUAUUGAUAUUAUCUCUAGAUUUAAAAUUGCCUAGUCAGCCACGUCAUCUACGAUUAAAUUCAUCGUAAGCAAGUGAUCGUCGAUUACGAUCUAUGUCAUUAGUUUUCGUAAUACUUCUAGUUAGUCAUCUGCAACGCGUUUGCUAACAUUCUUUGCGAUUUUGUACCAUACUAUGUUAUCUCAAAAUAUACUAGUGCGAACUGGAAAUAUACUUUCCUUAAAUGAAGCAAAAGCAAAAGCAAGUCAAAAUCCUACAGAUGAGUUAAUUGAAACGCUAAAAAUUAUACUGCGAAACAAUGAAGGCACUGGCGAAAAUCCAAUAAUUAUUCAAGGUGUAGAAGACAAUGCUUUGCAAGAUAUCAAUAGAGAAGAUGUUAAGAUAACUGUGAAGGUAUUUAUUUCAUCACCUGAUGUAAGCCUACUGAAAGAGGCAGUAGAUCAAGUUUGUAGUUUUCUAAAUAUAAAUGCAAUUGAAUCUUUAGUAAUUGCUUAUUCAAGCAAGGAAAGUCCAGAAGAAUUAUUAGAAUCAUUGAAACACCUAUGGACUGGAGUAGAAGAGUAUGUGAAAAUUGGCAAAUUAUCAAGUGUUGGUUUAAGUGAUCUCAACACAAAUAUGUUUAUUGAUCUAUUUCAAUGGGCAAAUAUAAAGCCAAAUAUUGUACAAAUUAGUUUAGCUACAUGUUGUGUUGUACCACCAGCUUUGCAGACAUUCACUAAAGAAAAUGAUGUGCAAUUAUUAACACAUAAUGAUCCUGGCCAAAUUCUACCUCAAGAAGAUCUAAAUAGAAUAUUCAACGCUAAUACAAGUUCAUAUUGGGUUACAAGAUACCAAAUUCAUCUAAAAUGUCGUGGUAUUUUAUCUUCAAAGGGUUACCUAAUAUAUGUUAACAAAAAAACGAAAUAAUAUUAUAUUUUUGUCCAUAUCAAAAAAAUGUCUGUAAUUCAAAUUAUAAUAGUGCUUAUAUUCCAAUGAUAUUGAGUUAUCUUUUACGUUAUAAUACACAUAUAAAUCAUUUAUGCUUAGUUGUUUCUAAAGAAAUAUUGUUUUGUUUACAGUAAUUAUUAAAAUUGUUAAUUGAUAUUGUUGAUUCAUUUGUAAACAUUCGGAGGUGAAUGCAUUUUGUCAAUUAUUGGAUUUUCCAUGCAUAUUUAUGAAAAUAAACAUUUAGUUAGCAUAA